CUUUGUUAAAACGUGCCAGUGCUCAUCUUAGUACACGUUUACCUGACUAAUUAAUACGCAUCCGCAUUUAACGUAGUAUUUCCUUCAACAAAAUGGAAGCGCAAGCCCCGCCUCCUUAUGGUCCACCAAGCUACCCACAAGGCCAGACACAACAGACGAUAGUUGUAGCACAACCGACGGUAUUGGUGUCCCCACAGUACGGCGACUCUCCGGUAAGGAUACAGUGUCCGGCAUGUAAAGCAGAUGUGAUGACUUCAACUUCUUGUGAACCUGGGAUGCUGGCGUGGAUUAUUUGUUUAGUUUUGUUUUUCACUGGGUUCUGGUUAUGCUGUAUUAUUCCGCUCUGUAUUGAUUCUUGUAAAGACGUAACACACACGUGUCCUAACUGUAGACAUGUUGUGGGGAAGUUUAGCCGAAUGUGAUAACACGUGCCAUAACUGUAGACAUGUUGCGGGGAAGUUUAGGCGAAUGCGAUAACAUUUGCCCACAUUGUAGACCUGUUGUUGGAAAGUUUAGCCGAAUGUGAUAACUAACUGCAUGUUAAUCCUAACAGUUGAUACUUAAACUUAUGUACAGCGAUCGAAUCCUCUGUUAGGAUCUGUUAUAUAGUUUUUCUUCAUACUUAAUGAUGUACUAAGGUGAAAUUUAAAAAAUCAUCUAGAAUUUAAAAUUUAUACUAUAAAGUCGGAUGAGCAUUCCAUUUAGUUAAGGAACAAAAUAUGCAUAAUCUGCUUAAAAUUUUGUUAAAGGACAUUUAAUGAGCUAUUAAAAGUCUUGUAUGAAAAGAAAAAUGGGUGCUAUCAUCGGGGGCAAAUUAUUUAACCCUGUAUUGAAGGAAAAAAAACAAUGAAUCAGAACAUAUGACACAAAUUCCUUAACGUCACUAGAUAAGUACUAGAUAAAGUUCAUUUAUAGAAAAGUAUAACGAAAUCCUAUAUUAAGUAAAAAAAUGAUUUAGACUAUAUUAUUUGUGUUGAAAAUAACACUACUCUCCUUUUCCCAUAAAUUAAGUUUUUGCAUGUCUUCAAUGUAAGCCAUAGGGAAUAAAUUGAUAGUAAUUGUACUAUGUGAUAUGCCUGCAUUGCUGUACUAAUUAUUUAUACUUUUUAUGCCGUACAUUUUAACAACUUGAUUAAUGUCCCUUUACACAAAUGUGCAGUUUAUUAUGACCCAACUACUUUAUAAAUCGGUCAUAUACAAUGUAUAUUUUUCAUAUUUUGUAGUUUUAAUAUAAAGAAUUAUAUAUCAUGUCGUGUACAAUAGUGUAGUAUACCAACAUCAACAAACUGAAAUGUGUAUCAGUAUGUUUUUAAUUUGUUGAAAUACGAUAUUAUAGAGUAUAAUUGCAUACUUAUGUUCAA